GUAACAAGUUGCGAAAUGAAUGUGUUUUAAGCACGGGAUGCAAAAUUGGACAAUGCGUCGAGUUGAUUUUUUAAAAUGUUCUGAGUGGAACAACGUAUCGGGUCACGACGGUGUAAAGCGCCAGCUGUCCGUGUCCAGCGACAGCAAGUUGCUGGACGAGGACAUCAGGGAAGAAACCAAGGUGAUCCUGAGGCCGAGAAAGCCACCCCGGCCCAAGUCCGAGGUGCUGCUCAACCAGCAGGGUAGCGACAAUCGCAGGACCAAGCGUUACUCUGCUUUCGGGGGAGACUCGCCUUUCGGCAAAUCCGAAGCCUAUAUUAAGUUAGAACAAUUAGGAGAGGGAUCUUAUGCCACUGUGUACAAAGGAUUUAGCAAUUUACAGAACCAGGUGGUGGCCCUGAAAGAGAUUAGACUGCAAGAGGAGGAAGGCGCUCCAUUCACCGCCAUACGUGAAGCCUCCCUCCUCAAAGAACUGAAACAUGCCAAUAUCGUCACGUUGCACGACAUCGUUCAUACGCGAGAAACACUUACUUUUGUUUUUGAAUAUGUGAAUACAGACCUCUCCCAGUACGUAGAACGGUACUUCGGCGGCCUAGACCCGCGCAACGUGCGCCUGUUCCUCUUCCAGCUCCUGCGCGGUUUGGCGUACUGCCACAAGCGGCUGGUACUGCACCGGGACGUCAAACCGCAGAACCUGCUCAUCUCCGAGAUCGGCGAACUGAAGCUGGCCGACUUCGGCCUGGCCAGGGCCAAAUCGGUGCCCAGCCACACCUACAGCCACGAAGUGGUGACGCUGUGGUAUCGGCCGCCGGACGUCCUGCUCGGCUCCACGGAGUACUCGACCAGUUUAGACAUGUGGGGCGUGGGCUGUAUAUUCGUGGAAAUGAUAACGGGCACGGCGAUCUUUCCUGGGGUGCGGGACACCUACGAUCAGUUGGAUAAGAUAUUUAAGGUGCUGGGUACGCCGACCGAAGAAGACUGGCAAGGGUGCACGCGACUUCCUGGCUACAAACCCAACAAAUUAGGGAACUAUAAACCGAGAAGGUUGGGUUUGUGCUGGCCGAGGUUACACGACGUAUCAUUUGGUGAGGCAAUGGCUACUGCGUUAUUGCAGCUGGACCCUACCAAAAGACUGGGAGCCGAAGAGGCGAUGCAACACAAAUACUUUGAAGAACUCCCAAGAAAGCUUCUAGAACUUCCAGACGAUGCGUCUAUAUUCACUGUGGAGGGAGUACACCUGUACCCAGAAGAAUACUCGGGCAUCAAAUGAGAACAGUUGAACAAGCAUCGUUCAAGAAGCAAGCACAAACACAAAAAGCAAUGACCCGCCCUUUCCGGCAUCGCCUCAUGUUUCUUCUGAUCACCCUAUACAAUCAUCGUUUCUGUGUACAUCGUCUGAUGAUAAACUAACUGAUUCAAUAGGUUGUUUAUUUGAGUUAAAACGCUCUAUUUUGCAUUGCGAAUGCGUUCUUUAGUUCAUGCAUAUGCAGUAUGCAAAUGAUGCAAAAUUUCAUUGCUAGGCACAUUCGCUGAUUUCUUUUAAAUGCCUUCAUCUUGUAACGAUUUUUCAGCACACGAAAUGAGUACAUGUCAUAAAACCAUAUUGGUAUAAUCAAAAAAAUAAAUGUUUACAAGGGGUACACAUUUUGAUUAGAUUUUAAGAUAUUGUAUUCAAGGUUAUUGGACACACAUGGGAAAAAAGUUUAAACAUUCUCAGAAAUUUUAUUCUUUACUACAACCAUUUAUAAUGUUGAUAAAUUGUUGCAAAUGUAAGGUAUUUUAUUAGAUGCAUUCAAAAACAAAAAAAAACAUAAACUACAGAGUACUUUCUGCAGUGCUAUAUUUUAGAAAUUAUUCCAUAUAAUACAAACUAUGGAGGUAUUGAAAAGUAGUCAUCAAAGAGGGAACAAUUAAGAUGGCGCUGCUGUAGCAAAUGUUCUACAUUUGAAAGAGACGCCAAAAAA